AUGCGAAAGAUAACCACGCUGCUGUCGCUGCACAUCCUCUCCAACCACAAGUUGGAGUUGCUCAACCACGUCCGUGAAUCGGAGCUGAAGGUGUCAACCAAACAUAUAUUUGAUAUGCGGGAGCAAAAAAAAUGUGUCUCAGAUAAGGUGCUAGUGGACAUGAAGAGGUGGUUUGGAGACUUAACUUUAAAUGUCAUGUUCAGGAUGGUUGUUGGAAAGCGAUUUUCUGGGGCUAACUUGGCGCAAGAGAAUGAAGAGAACGAAUGCUUUCGGAAGGCGUUGAGGGAAUUUUUAAGAUUUGGGUGGCGAAUUUGUAAUCUCAGAUGCAGUUCCUGUUUGAGCCCAAAAACUCAAUCAUCCAGUAUGUCAACUUCUCAAGGUGAGAAUCGCUUGGCCGCAACUGAAGGUCAGAGCGUCAACACCAAUCAGGCCAGCGAGCCUGUCAAUCCCUCCACUGACAACACUGUAGUGGAGGAGGAAGAGGCUUUUGUUUCGAAGCCUAUCCCGGAAGGAGCAACCAUCGAUGAGACUAUUGCGAUCCUUAUGGAGAAUGUCGAGAACCAUCGCAAGAAGAUGGACGCGGAUCUCGCCAGAGAAACUGCAAAAUCAGAAAGGCUCCUCCGCGAGUUUGAGUAG